AUGGAUGUCAGGGAUUUGGCAGUAGGAAUUGCCUACUUAUCCCAGACGAUAGUUGGGAUCCUGGGGAAUUUCUCUCUUCUUUACCAUUAUACCUUCCUUUACUUCACCAGGUGCAGGAUAAGGCCCACAGAUUUGAUUCUCAAGCACAUAUUUGUAGCCAAUUCCAUGGUCAUCCUCUCUAGAGGAAUCGCCCAGACAAUGGUAUCUUUUGGGCGGAAAGGUUUUUUCAAUGAUAUUGCAUGCAAGCCUUUUGCCUAUACUUCCAAAGUGGGCCAGGGUGUGUCGCUUGCCAGCACCUGCCUCUUGAGUAUCUUCCAGGCCAUCACCAUCAGCCCCGGGAACUCGAGGUGGGCAGAGCUUAAGGGGAAAGCUCCCAAGUACAUUGGCCCCUCUGUUUUCAUGUGCUGGAUCCUGCAAACGCUGGUAAAUAUCAUUUUUCCUGUGUUUCUGAUUAGCAAAUGGAGCAAUACGAAUAUCACAUAUUGAAAAGAUCUUGUAUACUGUGCUUCUGUUCGUCACGAGAAAACCAGAGACUCCUUGUAUGCAGCAUUGUUAUUUGUCCCUGAUGUUGUAUGUUUGGGGUUCAUGUACUGGGCCAGUGGCUCCAUGGUUUUCAUCCUGUACAGACACAAGAAGCAGGUGCAACACCUUCAUAAGAACGUCAUCUGCAGAUCCUCUCCUGAGUCCAGAGCUACCAAAACUAACCUUCUCCUGCUGAGCACCUUUCUUUUUACACCUUAUCUACCAUCUUUCAAUGCUAUUUGGCUCUUGCUGAUAAGCCCUAUUGGUGGCUGGAGAAUGUCUCUGCACUAA